GGCGGAGGCGCAGGCGGAGGCAGUGUGCUCGGGGGCAGUGUGCUCGGGCUCGGAGGCUCCAUCGCGGCCACCCUCGGACCAAAGGCGACCCCGCUGAGAGAGGAGGACUGCAGCACCAUGGAGAGCGCAGAUAUGGAUGCUAACUAUGGAGGGGGACUGUUGGACAUGGUCAAAGGAGGAGCAGGGAAGUUCUUCAGUAACUUCAAGGACAACCUGAAGGACACUCUGAAGGACACGUCUACAAAGGUCAUGCACCAGGUCGCCACAUACACCAAAGGAGAGCUGGACAUCGCUUACAUCACAUCCAGGAUCAUAGUGAUGACCUACCCAGCUGAGUCGGUGCAGAUUGGCUACCAGAACCAUGUGGAGGACAUGCGCUCGUUCCUGGACAGUCGCCAUGCUGACCACUACACCGUCUUCAACCUGUCACAGCGGAACUACCGUGGCGCCAAGUUCUCCAACAGGGUCUCCGAGUGUAACUGGCCCUCCCGACAGGCCCCUAGUCUGCACAACCUCUUUGCCGUCUGUAAAAACAUGCACAACUGGCUCAAACAGAACCCCAAGAAUGUGUGCGUCAUCACCUGCUCGGAUGGGCGCGCUCCUUCGGGCGUUCUGGUUUGUGCCAUGUUCUGCUUCUGUCGUCUCUUGACAAACCCGGUCCCCGCCAUGCAGCUGCUCAGUGCCAAGAGGCCAGGCUCCGGUCUGUGGCCAUCCCACCGCAGGUACAUUGGCUAUGUGUGCAGCAUGGUGUCAGAGAAGCCCAGUCUGCCCCACUCUAAGCCCCUCCUCAUUAAAGCGGUCACCAUGAGUCCUGUCCCCUACUUCAACAAGCAGCGCACCGGCUGUCGGCCAUUUUGUGACGUCCUCAUCGGGGAGACCAAGAUUUUCACAACGGCACAAGAGUAUGAGAGGAUGAGGGAGCAUCGGGUUCAGGAGGGUAAAGUGCUCUGUGACCUCGGGGUGAGUGUCCAGGGAGACGUGGUCAUCGCUGUUUAUCACAUGAGGUCGACUAUAGGAGGACGUCUGCAGGCCAAGACGUCCAACACUCAGAUAUUCCAGAUUCAGUUCCACACCGGCUUCAUCACUCCUGGCACCACUGUACUAAAGUUUAACAAGCCGGAGCUGGAUGCCUGUGAUGCUCCAGAGAAGUAUCCUCAGCUAUUCCACGUGGUUCUGGACGUGGAGGUGGAGGCGGUGGACAGACAGAAGGACCUGACUCCUCCCUGGGAGCAGUUUCCCUGUAAAGACCUGAGCCCAAACGUCCUGUUCUCCUGCCACCAAGAACACCAGGACGCCCUGGCCAUAGCCGAGCCAAGCCGACCCAAAGGCAAAGGGGAGGAGAGCGAGCCGUCAGACGAUGAAAUGCUGUCCCUGUCCAGUCAGAGGAGCAGCACCAGCACCGCCCCCUGCUCCAAACCAGAAGCCCCGGCCCCGGCCGAGCCUGCCCCCCCGGAGGACGUGGACCUCCUAGGGCUGGGAGGAGAGGACAUGGGUGCUCCCCCCACCUCGUCCUCCUCCUCUUCUGCUGCAGUCGGGACCACAGAUCUACUCGGAGACCUGUUUGGUGCCUCCCCAGGGGCAACCAGUGCCACGUCAUCUGCCCAGUCCACUCCACAAAGAGUACCGCCCAGCACGGCUUCGCCCUGCCCCUCACCCGCACCAGCUUUUGACCCGUUUGGCGCUGGACCCAUGCCAAAGCCCCAGGACAUGAUGGGCUCUCUUUUAGGACCAGGGCGCAGUUCUCCGGUUCCCCCGACCACGCCCACCGUCAAUAUACAGCAGCAGAACGCCAUGGGUGGCUGGGACUGGAACAAGCCGGCCACCACAAGCACAGGGGGCUUUGGCAUGGGCAGCCGCUCGGCCACCACCAGCCCCACCGGCUCCGUCCACAGCACCCCCACCCACCACAACAACACGCUAGACCCUUUCGCUGACAUCGGCAACCUGGGAGGCUCAGGGUUUUCCAGUAAACCCACUACUCCCACUGGCUCCACCCCCUCCUUCCCCCCGAUGGGUUCGCCGUCGCGACCUCCUCCCUCGCCGCAGCACGCCGGAGCCUGGCACCCCCACACGGGAGCGGGGUUCCCAUCUUGGCAGCCCGGAGGGGGAGGGGCAGGAGGAGGGGCCGGAUGGCAAGCACAAGGCUCCGCACCUCAGCCCAAACCCAGCCCGAGCCACGCCUCUGUGCCCCACACCUCGCCACAAAACAGACCCAACUACAACGUGUUCAUGGGAGGAGGGUCGCCCAGCGCAGCGGGCAAAGCACAGGCCGGCAUGGGAGCGAAGCCCAAAGUAUCUGAAGCGAACUUUGAUGACCUGUUGAGUGGGCAGGGCUUCGCUGGGACCAAAGAGAAGAAAGGGCCCAGGACGAUCGCAGAGAUGAGGAAGGAGGAGCUGGCUAAAGAGAUGGACCCAGAGAAACUAAAGAUAUUGGACUGGAUCGAGGGUAAAGAGCGUAACAUUCGGGCGCUCCUGUCCACCAUGCACACCGUGCUGUGGGAGGGGGAAACUCGCUGGAAGCCCGUGGGCAUGGCCGACCUCGUGACCCCAGAGCAGGUGAAGAAGGUGUACAGGAAGGCCGUCCUUGUCGUGCAUCCGGAUAAGGCGACCGGUCAGCCCUAUGAACAAUACGCCAAGAUGAUUUUCAUGGAACUGAACGACGCAUGGUCGGAAUUUGAAAGUCAAGGACAGAAACCUCUUUACUGAUGAGAUUCUACAGCCACAACAUCUGCUACAUCUGCAACGUCUGCGACAUCUGAGACAUCUGCAACAUCUGAGACAUCUGCCUUUAUAUGUUCCCUGCUCCGAAGCCCCUGGCUCUUUCCAGCGAGGACUACAACAGAGACACUCGCUUCUGAAGUGGAUCAAACUGAUAUUAAAGACUAAAUAUAACUCUAAGUACUGUAGGUAUGUGUGCAACUACUGUCCU